AUGACUAGGACCCAAAAAGGAAAGACCUUUCCUUCCCAUCGCUUCUAUCAGUCGCUUCCCCCACGGCUGGGAUGGGGCAUGAUUUUUGGUUACUCAAAACCAAAUGCCAGGGAAGAGUGUGCCUCUGUCUGCAGCGUGCCCCCGGUCUUCCCCUUCAGCCCACAGCGCUGCAUCCACCUCCAGAGCCAGUACUUGAAGAAGGCCGCAGCAGACCUCACCUUCUCCCCAGAGGUGGCGCAGCAGCGAGGGCUAGCCAGCAUUCCCUACAGCCAGCACAAUUUUGACCACCUCUACAGCACAGAUAGCAUCACCCAGCUGCCUCGGAUCAGGAAAACCCGACCUGAGAAGCCCAUCAGUGCCAAGUUCCUGGGUUCCUUGGGCCCCUCAGCAUGGGACACUUCCCCACCUGUGAAGACAGACAGCUCUGCCAAUCCUGAAAAGAAGCUGACAACAUCAAAGCCAGCAAACACUAUUAAGGAGGCCCCGUGUCCCCUCAUCUGCCGUCCCUGCAGGGCCCCAGAUACACCGGACCCACCAUUCUCUCCAGAUAUGAACCUGGAGGAAAGGGAAGCCUGGCUUCCGCCUCCUGAGAAGGAAGCCAAAGCAUGGGAGGCCAUUGUGCUAGAAAAACUGAACAAGCGCACGGCCAGAUGGAUCCAGAACAAGCAUCCGCAAAGACCUGGGGCCUCCCCCAGCAAGUGGCAGAGCUUCCUGCACCAGCAGUACGACUGGAGCUACAUCAGGGAUGAGCUCACCUCUGCCAGUGACCUGGAGCUCCUCAGACAGUUGGAGGCAGAGGAAACAGCAGAGUUUGAGAACCACAGUGUCUUUCUGCCCCCUCAGGAACAAAAGAAGCCAGAGCUGCUGCUGCCUGUGUACUACAGAUUGCCUGGUUAUUUCCCACAAGCACAGACAAUGGAAACUGUGUCUUGCAACAAUAAGACCACCAAGGAAAACAAAGAAAAGAGGCGCGUCAGCCAGCCCCAGAACCAGAGCUACACACGGCAGGUGAAUCGCCGAGCUGGAAAGUUUGCCUAUGCCACAGACAACACCUUUGAACAGGAGAUUUACUUUGAUGAAGUCCAGAUCAUCCACCAGAUUGGUGCAGAGAGAGACCAGAUUUUCCUGGAAAACCUCAAUCAAUACAACAAGCAGCUAUCUAAGGUCUUCCCUGAGACACCAGAAAAGUGGAGCUCCCAGACAAUUCCUGAAGCACCUUGCAGGCCCGUGAAGGGAGCCCAGCGCUGGACAGCCCUGCCCACCCCGGCAAAGGACCUGCUGCUGCCAGUGGGUAAGGAGGACAUGCCUAUGAAGACCCGGGGGUCGAAGAGGCAGGUGAAACCACUGGAGGAGGAUGUACCUUGGGAACUGGUGGUCCUGCGGAGGAUGCUGCGGGAAUGGAAGACGGCCUGGGCCCUGAUCAUAGAGUGGCACCCUGAGACGGUAGAGAGCCUGCUUCGGAGCUUGGCAGACAUGCACAAUGACGUUCGAAUCCAAGCCAUCAUCACAUGUGCCACUGCUGUGCUGGAGCGGCCCCGGACUGCCACCAGUCAGAGGGACUCAGCCCCACCUGUCCAGGACUUGCCAGAGGCUCUGCAGCCUGCCCUAGAGGCUGCGCUUUGUGACAAGAAUGCCAAUGUGCGGAUGGCAGCAGCAAUAUGCCAGUAUGCCAUACAGUCACAUAAUCCCCUUGCCCGGGACAUCAUGCAGACGGCCCUUCUGAAGGGUAACAGCGUGGACAGCUGGGCCGCAGCUCAGUGCUUGGCUCUGGAAGGUGCUGCCACCUAUGCCGUGAUAAAGAGGAUCCUUCAUGAGCUGUUUAACAAGAAGAGUGAGGACACUGAGGACCAGUCUUGUAUCCUCCUGAGCCAUCUCAGUGGGAAGACAACCCUGAUACACACCAUGCUUGCCCUGGAGCUGAACAGCUGUCAAUGGAAGGACCGGAUUGUGGCCUGCAGGGCUUUCUCUCGGAUCCGUGGAAAUGUCUGCUUGGACAUGAAACACAAGCUGAUCCAGCUGAUGUGGAAUGACUGGAAUAAAGGAGUUCGGCAAGCAGCCGCACAAGCACUGGGGCAGAUGAACCUGGGGAAGGAGGUGCACAACACUAUCAGGGUCAAGCUGAGUCAAGGAAAUUCCCAGGAGCGUGUGGAAGCUCUCUCUCUCAUAGGUGGGCUCAAGCUCAUGACCGCCAAGCUUCUCCCAGGCUUCCUGCACUGCUUCUCUGAUGACUUCACAGCAGUCCGGGGGGCAGCCUGUUUGGCAGCCGGUGCCCUGCAGAUCCGCAACAAGAUGGUACUUAAAUGCCUUCUGAAUCUGAUGCAGCGAGAUCCUUACUGGAAAAUUAAGGCCUUUGCCAUUCGAGCUCUAGGGCAGAUUGGGCAAGUGAGCCCCCAGCUGACAGAUCUCCUGCUCUGGGCUAUCCACUAUGAAGAGUCACCAGGUGUACGACUGGAAGCUUGCCGUAGCAUCCUGGCCCUCAAACUUCAAGGGGACCAGGUCAGAGACACAUUCCUAGACGUGCUACUCCUGGAGAACAACGAUGCUGUUCUCAAAGAAAUUUACCAGGCAAUGAAGAUACUCAAUUUAGAAAAUGAAGGAAACCAAGAAAUGCUUCAGGAGAUCAAGAAUAGGAUUAAAACACUAACCCAGAAGGAUAUGCUGACACAGAAAAUACUCAAGCUGGAGAUGGUCACUGCAAAAGUGAGGGAAGGAGCAAAACGUGUUUACUCAAAACCCAAAGAGGAGCAAGAGCCACUGACACUCCAGACUUUUCUCCAAGAAACUUUUCAGGAUGAGGUGGUUCUUCCUAGAAGACAGUCUGAAUUUUGUGACAUCGAUGCAAUCAUAAAGACUGUGAAGCCCCGCACACCAAAUCCCUGGCUACAAAGUCCAGUCCAAGGCCUAAACACACAAGGCAGUGGUCGUCCAUCACCUAUCAAAGAUUUAUGCACCUCUGGGGAAAAAAGGAUUGCUAUGGGGACAUUUGGAUCUGAUGACCUAGUUCUCUAGCUAAGUGAAUAUUCAGAGAAGAUGUUUGUCCACACCAUGUCUUCUCCUUCUGGAAAGAAAGAUCUUCAUCUCUAG